UUGUCAAAAUCGUGAGAUUUUAAUAAUCUUGUUCUCUCUCACUUGGCUCUCUCCGCCGAUUCCAAAUUCAUUCGCAGAAGACGUUCCACCGGCGAACCCAAUCGAAUAUGUGAGUCAUCAAGUCUAAGUCAGUGAAAAGCAUGAAUCUAAGGACUGGAGAGAUCUUUGAGCUCUCGUUCAGGAAGACGAGAUAGCCCAGGAUUCACAGGUCCCAAUCUCCGUCGGCUCAUCUCGCCGUUUGGGUAUGAGUCUCCGUUCGACUCAGAAGGAUGGCCUAUGUGGCUUAUUGCUGCUUAUGGCGAUUCAAUCAAAGACUUAACACCUCGUCGUGCUACCUCAUAUGAAAAGCUCGAUAAGAUUGGGCAAGGAACGUAUAAUAAUGUGUACAAGGUUGUAGCUUUGAAGAAAGUUAGAGUGGAAAUGGAGUUAAAGAUUUCUCUAAGCUAUGUCAUGUUGCAGAUGAUACAAGAUGCAUAUAUAUUUUGGAUAUCUGUAGAUGAGACUGUGUUCCUUUAUUCAAUUUUACUCUAUCUGUUGUUUUGACAUAUAUGAUGCUUGAUAAACUUUUUUAGAUUUUCUGGUA